UUAUUAUUAUUAUUAUUUUUUCCCUUUGUAUGUGAAUUAUAUAUUCAACUUGAAGAUCAAGAAUGGGAAUUAAUGGAUUAUUACCUUUUUUCGAGUCUAUUCAAAAACCUGUAAAUAUUUCAAAAUAUAAAGGAAAAACAAUUGCCAUUGAUGGUCAUUGUAUUCUUCAUCGUGGAUGUUUUGGUGCUGCAACUGCUCUUGCCCUUAACGAUUCUACUGAUACAUACAUUAAACAUUUUAUGCAUUAUAUUGGUUUAUUUAAACAUCAUGGUGUCAUUCCCCUUGUCGUCUUUGAUGGCUUACCCUUACCUCUUAAAAAAAUUACAACAGAUGAUAGAUCUCAGAAACGUCAAUCUGCCUACGCAAAAGGUCUUUCUUAUUUUUCACAAGGAAUGUAUAAUGAAGCUAAAAAACACUUUCAGCAAUCUGUCACGAUUACACCUGACAUUAUCAGAAAUGUCAUCUUGAAAUUAAAGGAGAAUAAAGUGGAAUGUAUUGUGGCACCUUAUGAAGCUGAUGCUCAACUCGCCUAUCUUCUUAAAACCAAGAAAGUGAAUGCUAUUGUAUCCGAGGAUUCUGAUCUUUUAGCGUAUGGUUGCUCUAAAGUAAUUUAUAAAAUUGAUCGUGCUGGUUCAGGUCUUGAAAUAAAUUAUGAAGACAUAUUUAAAAGCCCCAAAUUACACAUGCAAAAUUUUACGCAAGAAAGAAUGAGGCAUAUGUGUAUUUUAUCUGGCUGUGAUUAUUUACCUUCUGUUAAAGGGGUGGGUAUAAAAACUUCCUUUGAAUGGUUUUAUGAAUUAAAGACUUUCGACGAAUUUUUUUUUUUUGGUUUCAGGUCUAUCGUCGCCUUCAGCAUAGAAAACCACAUUUAUUACCAAAAGGAUAUGGUGAACAAUUCAAAAAAGCAAACUUGGCUUUUCUUCAUCAAUGGGUUUAUGAUAUAGACGAAAAAGAUUAUGUUCGUUUUUCACCUCUUCCUUUUGAUUGUAGUCAAGAGGAAAUUAGUAGUCUUGGAAAGAAACCCACUCCUCUUGAUCUUAGUCUAUUGAGGGUGAAUAAGAUUAUUCCUAAAAAGAAGACUUGUUUACUUACUCCACCUUCUACUCAAGAUAGCAUUACAAAUGAAGAGAUUACUACCACCCAAGAUACCCUUACCACUACCACUACCACU